GGUCCCUCCCCCGGCCGCUGUCACCGAAGCUGAGCCCGGCCCAUCUCCCUCCCCUUCCCUGCAGCCCGGAGCUCCUCACCCCAACCGCUUCUCGCUGGGCUGGGGGUGAGGGGAGGGGAGGGGGGGGGCGACUCAGCUGUGGCGGCUGUGAGAAGAUCCGCCCUAGAAGAAUAAAUCGAGGGAGCGCGGAAGGCAGCGAAAGGAGAGAUACCGACCCCGUCGGGCCGAGCAGGAGGAGACGGGCCAGGCUGAGCGUGGGACCGGGGACGGAGGGAGGGGAGGAGAGACGCUCCCCUUUCUUCUCCAAGAGCCCAACUUUGCGCCCGGCAGGCAGGGGCGCACAGUACCCGUCCCAGUAGGGGGGCCCAGGAGUCCGGGCACCAACCUCUCCUCCCCCUACCCCCCGGACAGUGACUAUUUCCAAAUACAUCCGAGGGAAGCAGGGAGCGAACCAUGAAGGCGGCGGUGGACCUGAAACCCACCCUGACCAUCAUCAAAACGGAGAAGGUGGAUGUGGAUUUCUUCCCUUCGCCGGAUAUGGAAUGUGCAGAUGUGCCUUUGCUAACCCCGAGCAGUAAAGAAAUGAUGUCCCAGGCGCUGAAGGCCACCUUCAGCGGCUUCACGAAAGAGCAACAGCGGCUGGGAAUCCCCAAAGACCCCCAGCAGUGGACGGAGACUCAUGUACGGGACUGGGUGAUGUGGGCUGUGAAUGAAUUCAGUCUGAAGGAUGUGGAUUUCCAAAAGUUCUGCAUGAACGGGGCUGCCCUCUGCGCUCUGGGCAAGGACUGCUUCCUCGAGCUAGCGCCUGACUUCGUGGGAGAUAUUCUGUGGGAACAUCUGGAGAUCCUACAGAAAGAUGAGAUAAAGCCAUACUCAGCUAACGGAGUGAACCCUGCAUACCCAGAAUCCCGCUAUACAUCGGAUUACUUCAUUAGUUAUGGCAUUGAACAUGCUCAGUGCGUACCUCCGUCAGAGUUCUCUGAGCCCAGCUUUAUCACAGAGUCCUACCAGACCCUCCAUCCGAUCAGCUCAGAGGAGCUCUUCUCCCUCAAGUACGAGAAUGACUACCCGUCGGUCAUCCUGCGUGACCCUGUCCAGACGGACUCCCUGCAGACAGACUACUUCACGAUCAAGCAGGAAGUUGUAACGCCAGAUAACAUGUGCAUGGGGCGUACCAGUCGAGGUAAACUAGGGGGCCAGGACUCCUUCGAGAGCAUAGAGAGCUAUGAUAGUUGUGACCGCCUGACGCAGUCCUGGAACAGCCAGUCGUCCUUCCAGAGUCUUCAGCGCGUCCCCUCCUAUGACAGCUUUGAUUCUGAGGACUACCCAGCGGCACUGCCCAACCACAAGCCCAAAGGCACCUUCAAGGACUAUGUUCGAGACCGGGCUGACAUGAACAAGGACAAGCCAGUCAUUCCUGCUGCUGCCCUCGCUGGCUACACAGGCAGUGGACCCAUCCAGCUGUGGCAGUUCCUGCUGGAGCUGCUCACCGACAAGUCCUGCCAAUCCUUCAUCAGUUGGACAGGCGAUGGCUGGGAAUUCAAGCUCUCAGACCCAGAUGAGGUUGCCAGGCGAUGGGGCAAGAGGAAAAACAAGCCCAAGAUGAACUACGAGAAGCUGAGCCGUGGGCUUCGCUACUACUAUGACAAGAACAUCAUCCACAAGACGGCUGGCAAGCGCUACGUGUACCGUUUCGUCUGCGACCUGCAGAGCCUUCUGGGCUACACGCCCGAGGAACUCCAUGCCAUGCUGGACGUCAAACCCGAUGCCGAUGAGUGAAUCGGACCAGCCAGACUGUGUGGAAGGUUGCGUCGUGUCGGUGUGGAGAUUCGACGAGACCUUAAAACAUUUUUUUUUUUGCAGUUAAAUAUCUAUCUAUAUUUUUUUCAAGAGCAACUCAAAUUUGACAUUUUUGAUGGGGCGAGGAGGGAUGGGCAAAGUCAAGCUUUUGGCUGAAUCUGGCAAUGUUUGGUUGAGAAAAGAAAGAUGGAACUUUUUAUCUGAAAGUUCUCAGAGAGGUUUUUGGGGGUGAAUUUUUUUAGUUUUAAGAAAGCCAGAAAAAUACAGCUCACUUAAAAAAAAUUAAAAUAAUCCUUCCCUAUCUCGCACCAUCUGGAAACAUUAUUAACGAAAAGAUCCCCUUGAUUACUGUGUUAACAGUGCAACAAACUGAUAAUUCAGGAAGUGACAAGACUCCUAAGGAUUAUGCGAUUGGUUCUUUUAUUGAUGGGAGGGACAAAGGGAAGGUGGAACUUCCUGUUUUGUGGGAGGGGAUGACAUAGGAAAAAACAAGAACAGUUCUUGUUACUUUGCUUUUCUGUCGGUUAUUUUUCUGUUACAAAGAACAGAUUUUUUUAGGAGGGACCAAGAUUUUUUUUAAUUAUUAUUUGUUAAAAUUUUAUUUUAUUAAAUUUUGUGCCAGUAUUUUUUUUAAAUAGUCUUAAGCUCUAAGAUGAUCUCAGUCUUGCAAUAUUGUGUGUGUAUGUAUGUUUCUGUUAUGCCAGCAGAGAGUUUUAUCACAGUGAAGAAAAAAAAAGUUUAUGUAGACCCCACUGGAGAAGUGUAGCGCUCUGACUUAUGAUCUCUGAAUCUUAUAUGAAGGAAAAUGAGUGCCAAAUCAGUCACCAAAAAUUCUGGGAGGAUGCUUUGCAUUUGCAUUGAGCCCCAUGCACUUUGCUCUGUUGUAUAUUGCUAAAGCUGGAUGAAAUUUCUCAAAAGGAAAUUUUGUUGUUGUUGUUUGUUGUUAAAAAACAUCUUUUGGGGACCACCAUAUUUUCAAAACCACGUUUUUAAAAUUUCUGAUGUAUCGAAAAUGUUGCUGACAUUUUCACGUAUCAUUUUCAAAAUCAGAAAGUGGGUUUCUUUUUUUUUUUUUUUUUUGGUAAAAGGAAUGUUUUUUACACUUUGAAGUAACUGCUAGUUUUUAUAGUUUUAAUAUCCCACCCAGUGACUAAGCUGAGCAAAGUUCAGAUUUGACAUUUUCCUAUUUUGAACGCAGUCAGUGCUGAAGGGAAAAUGGAGAAGUGUGUUAGGAAAAAAAAUCAUGAAAAGCUUUGAACAGUGAAAAGUGAAACAAGGAUGAUUUGGAAACUUUUGAUGAUUUUUCCCUCCAUUUUUGACCAGUGCUGCCUGUAAUAAUGUACGGUCAGCCAUUCUAGGCACAUCCAAAAUGGAAACUCAGACUCACAAAUGGGGAACAAUCCCUCAAGAUGCUGAGCACGCAAGCCCAGUCCAGUGAAACACGCACGCACAUGGUUAAACUCGUGAAUAGCCCCAUUGAAGUGAGUGGGACCAUUCAUAUGCUCGAUGUUAAGCAUGUGCUUAACUGCUUUGCUGGAUCAGGCUAGCAAUUCCUUUGAGCCCGGAGUGUGUGGAUACAGCUUAGACACGGAGAAUGUAUCUGCACAACAAGCUUCUCCCUGCAGGAGCAAGUCUCCGAGCCUGGCUCAACUGACUGGGGCUCACACCACUGGCUUAAAAAUAUCAGUGUGGAUAUUCGGGUUCGGGCUGGAGCCUGGGCUUCAUGACCCUCCCGUCUUGCCAAAUUUCUGCCGGUCUGACUGUAGGAUUUCGGCUUUCGACUUUAAAUAUUUUUUUUUUUGGUAAAGACAGUAUUAAAUAUUUGAACUGAAUAUAUUUUCUUUAAUGGCUGAACUAAUUUCUGAAGCUCUGUAUUGAUUCACCACAGAGACUAGGAGGGUGGAGAGACUUUGUAGAUCAAUGCAGGGGAAAUUAUAACAAUGGGAGAUCAUAUAUCAGGUCUGCAGAACUGGGCUCUGAAUAAAAGUUGCUAAAAACAUGCUUGUAUUUAGUCUGAACAUCCAGUUUGCUUCCUGUUUUCCCAUCUCUGUGUAGCCAGAGUACUGUGGUAUAGGAGGGCAGGGUCAAACAGGAAGCCAUGGGAGGCUGUCAGUUGAGUUCUAUGGAAAGAUGAUGCCCUGACACAAAGGUGCUGAGCUCCCAUUGGACUCUACAAGAACGGCAUGUGUUCAGGCCCUGUGAAUAUCGGGAAGUUCGUUUUUAAGGAAGCUUUGUUUGAUUGAAACUCAGUCAGCCCCAGCGUGUCAGAGAGCUUAGCCUGGCUUAGCAGGCUGGUAGGUGUAAAGCUGAACACAUGGAAAAAUGUAGCAAGCUGAUUAGGGGGGCGUUUAAAGCAAGAAUGUUGAAGGCAGAUGGUGGCUAUGGGGCAAGGGAAGUCCAGGUGUCAGAGCACAUGGCUGGGGCUAAGACAUGAUCCCACCCAACAUACAGAGAGGACUGGUGCAGCUGAAGGAAAGUGGGAUGGAAGGAAGGUGAAAGGAGCAUGCACUGAAUGAAGAAAGGACAGUCUGCUUUCUGAAAGAGUAGUUCUCAUCUAGCAUCCUGAGCAAAGGGAGACUGGCAGCUGUGGCAGGUGAGAGAUUGCAGAAGUGAGAGAGGAGGGCUGAUGCAAAAGGGGAUUGGAGUUCAGCUCAAGCUGGAGGAAGCAAAGGAAGAUGCUGAUGUACUGCUGUAGGCCAGGUGCUCCUCCUCCCUGCUAGAAAUUAGAUGCAAAGAGAGAAUAGGUAAAGUCAAACGCCCGUCCAGAAGGUUACUCAUUUAUAGCUGUGUACGGCAGGCUGCGCUGUAGUGGGACAGCUGAGUGAGGCUGCUCCCUGCACUUUGAGUAGGCUGAAGGCAACUUGAUGGAGAUUUUGAGUGAUAAAGUUGGUGGUAGCUGAGUGCAGAGAGUUAGUCUGGGCUUCUGAGAAGAUAUAUAAAGAGGAAGAUUUCAGACUCUGUUUUCCAGGGAGGCAGAGAACCACUUGAACCAGAGGUGAUUCCAGCAAAAUACACUGGCCCCAAAUAAAACCAGGAGAGUAGACUGUGACUCUUUAGAUGGACUCUUUCAAUUUUCAACUGGUAACACAAAUCUCCUAGGCUUUUAGGGUCUUAUACGUUCCAUAGAGCCAUAGAAAGUGCCCUUAGGUUCACAUUUUACAGUGUCCAUUCUGGGCAGUUUGUAGCCAGAUCUUAAAUCAUCACCUUUUAUUUUACAGGAUUACUCCUGUAAAGGGUGUUAGUAACUGGGGCAGAUGUCACACCAUCCCAGCACUCUUUCUGCCUUCUAACCCACCCAGCAAGUGUCUGUCCCCUGGGGUUGGUCACAGUGCAGGGUCCCCUAGUUCAGUUCAAGCAGAAAGUCAGUCAGUAAUACUUUACUAUGAACAGUUGGGACUUGGGUUCAUGUGCUGACCCCCAAUAUUUCUGCCAGACCUGAUCUACUCAUUCAUUCCACGAGGGUUGAUUGCGGGCAGAUUUUCUGUAUUAAGCUGUUUCUACCCAAGACAAUCUGUUUCCAUAACGUGCAGGGAUAUGUUCUCAAAGCGAUCUAGAAGGGCUACAAAAUGAAUGGUGCCAUCUUUGCCAACAUGCUCCUACCAAUGCUUUGCCAAGUUUACUCACCACCCUUUGCCAUCCAAAUUGCAAUCUGCAUGUAAAUGCACAAGCGACAGACAGAAUAGCCUUGGUGACAUGUAGUGACUUGACCCACAAUUUGCUUUCCCCCCUUCUAGGCUAGAGAUGGUCACAGAAAGCACAGUGUGCUGUUUAUACACUGGAAAUUUGCAGAUUUUUUUUUAAAAUGCAUGUUGACUAUUGAACAGGGAUGUGUGACCCAGAUGAGAUAAAGUUAAGGCCAAAUAUGUACCUGCACCUAAACCUCCAACUGCAUCUUUUAUGAGGUGUGAAAAAGUUUGGUUAACCUACAUACGCGCAAUAUCUAUAUAAUGUGUGUGAAAGAGAGCAUGCACUGGGGUUGCAAUUCACCUCUGUGCAAAGAUCCAGCACAAGUCUUAUUUUGAUGGGUUAAGUGGUGUCUAGUACUGACCCCUCUGGACUGAGGUGAAUUGCACCCUGGACAGAUAUUUAAACCAGAUUUAAUUCAGUUAAUUUCUCUUUUGUUCUGAAAAAUGUAUUUGAGCAUAAGCUUUCGUGAGCUACAGCUCACUUGAUUUCACUGAAUGCAUCCGAUGAAGUGAGCUGUAGCUCACGAAAGCUUAUGCUCAAAUAAAUGUGUUAGUCUCUAAGGUGCCACAAAUCCUCCUUUUCUUUUUGCAAUACAGACUAACACGGCUGCUACUCUGAAACCUGUCUUUUGUUCUGGAAUUUCUCAAAUCUGUUAAUUGAUUCCAAAUAUUUUUAUGACUAAUUCUUGAUCUCGGAGUUCAGUGUGGGUACUUAAUAUCCAGCAUAUUGUGCUUCGGCACCCAAGUCACAUGAUAUGGGCCCAUUUUUCCAACUGGAUGAGCCUAAUUCUAUGCAUAUAAUUCUUACAUGCCUAGAAAUGAAGGGCUGGAAGGGACCUCAAGAGGUCAGCUAGCCCAUCCCCUCCUCGCUGAGGCAGGAUUCUUUGUAUGGUUGAAUACUUGUGAUUGGGAAUUCAAAGUUUGCUUGUUGGGAAUAUUCUGGGACAUUUGUUUAAAAGUAGCUUUCUUCCAGUAAAAUUGUGCCCUGGAAAGAUCAUGAAAAGGGACCUCAGACAAAGCGAAUUCAUUUAAAACAUUUGAACAGCUAUUUACAAACAUUUUUGCAUUACAGCAUUUGCCCAUCUCUUGCUGUGUAUGUGUAGAUGAUUUAUAAUACACAAAAGAUGAUACACAGUCACCUAUACAUUUGUGUGUAUUAGAAUCACAUACACACAUGUGUAUGUGUGUGCAUCAUUUUUACACUAAUUACACUUCGGGGUUCUGUCCAGAAGAGUAUUAUCAUUCUGUGAAAGUCCACUCUUAACAGGACACGAACCCAGUUAUGCACGGUUUUGACACAAGAAGACUGAGGGGGAACUGAUAGUCUUCAAAUAUUCUAAGGGCUUUUAUAAAGAAGAUGGUGAUCACUUGUUCUCCAUGUCUACUGAAGGAAGGACAAGAAGUAAUGGGCUUAAUCUGCAGCAAGGGGGAUUUAGGUUAGAUAUUAGGAGUAUCUUUCUAAUUGUACGGAUAGGUGAGCUCUGGACCAGGCUUCCAGGGGAGGUUGUGGAAUCCCCAUCAUGGGGAUUUUCAAGAACAGGUUAAACACGCACCUGUCAGGGACGGUCUAGGUUUAUUUAUUGUUGCCUCAGCAUAGGACGUUGGCCUAGAUGACCUCUUGAGGUCUCUUCCAGCGGUAUAUUUCUAGCAUGAUUCAUCAUUGGCCUGAAAUUUAACCUUCUCUCAGGAGAUUUCCAGCCCAAUGUCAAGAUAUUUAAAAAAAAAAAAAGGGUUCCAAUAUGCAUCUGAAAUUUAGGACACAUCCAAAUCCCUGCACUUUUUGAGCAUCGCUGUUUGGGAGGUGACCUUGGUGGGGUUAUUAGAGCUUGUUGAGUUUCUUUUCAUUCUAAACACUGCAAAUGUGCUUUCCUUGGCAUGCAUCUCUUUGAUGGGGUCUAUAGAACAUCAGUCGAGCUGUUGUCUACAUUCCAAAGAAUUUCAAAUACAUGAUAAAUAUAUGUAUACAUAUGUGUUAUAAUGGAAUAUCUCCAGGAAUUUACUGCCUCAGUAAAAGAACGUUUUUUUUGUUUUGUUUUUACACAUGGGAUUUUUUUAAGCUGAUAAACAUAGAGAAAAAAAAAGAUUGUUAUAUUGUGCUGUUCAACUAUUUUCCAAUUUGUAUUUUCAUAUAAUUUAUAUUUUUUAAAAGUGAAAAAAAUUUAAAAGCAAGAUUAAAAAAAAGAGGAAAAAGCAGGUGCUUUUUUUUAAAAAAAAAACAGAACUGAGCUAGCUUAGAGAUGUAGAGAUGUGUGUGUGUCUCUGUGUAUGUUUAAAAAAAAAUACAAAAAUCUCCCCUCAGAACAUGGAUUCUUAAGGGAGGGAUUGGUUUUGUUUUAAUUGCUGAUGCUGGCACAUCAUUUUGAUGGAGAAUUUUUUAUAUACUGUAGCCUUAUUUCAUAUUGUAUUUUAAACCAUGUGAAAUAAAAUAAAAACCAUAAAG